AUGCACCGCAACAACCUGGUGGAGACCGGGUUCGCGACGGUCGGGGCGGAGUUCUGGGCGUCCAACUCCCGGCUGACCAACCAGAUGCUGUUCGGCGCCGUGGGCAGCGUGUUGGCCGAGAUGGACGACAACGAGUCACUCAGCCACGUCCUCAUGCCCAUCGUCUUGGAUAUUGCGAGAGAAACCGGGGUGGCUCCAGUACUGUACGCGGUCCCCGUCGCCCUGAGUGCGUCGUCCAACAUGAUCCUACCCAUCCGGAUACCGCUCAUCGUGGCGCACGAAGUCAUCGACGUGCCCAUGGCCCAGCUGGCACUCAUUGGUGUCGUGGUCAAGACUGUCAUUGUGUUCACGUCCAUCCUCUCUGUUAACACGUUUGGCCGGUACCUGAUUUCCCUGGAGCCGUUGGACACCAACGCGACCCUCUACAGCAACGACACCUAUCUCGCCUUUGGUGCCUGAUUACCGUGCCUCCUCCCCAGAGGCCAAAUUAAUUUAUUCCGCUAUUUCGUUUUUAUCGUGCAGCUGACAUCAGUGAAGAACUUGACUGCAUAAACCUUGAAAAUCAUGUGUCACGCGGCAUCGGCGAUGUGUGCCAUCAAAGGCGUGAUAUGCAUAUAUUUUUUUAUUGUUUUGCGGGGUUGAAACGACCGUGUCAAACGCCGAGCACGGGUUGACAGUUAGGCUACGACGUUGCCACGGAUACGACGCGGUGUUGUACGGAUAUGUUAAAUUUACAUUUAUUUUGCUCUCAAGCGUUCGCGAUAUAAUGGACUGGACAUUGCAUAAUGGAACGUCACGUAAUGUAGAUGUGAUAUCUUGCACUGAGUGGAUGACGUCAUGUGACUGAGUGCUUGAUUUUGCAACAUUGCAUGCUCCCGCAUUACUCGUGUUCGCCGUACACGGCAAGCUCGAAUACGCGGUUUUAUGCUCUUUGAUAACCGUCGAUAAUUAUGUGCUAUGUUCUAAAUACUGAAG